AACCCUGAUCCAAGAACGUUCUCUUUCUUUCGUCAUCCUAGAAGUUGAUAAUUGAUUAUUUCCAGCUUCAGUGAGUUUUCAAGAAUAAAGACACCGAUUUUGAACGGUGGCAUCUUGCGAGCUAAAUCGGGGUACAACACAAAUUAGCUGUGAUGCCUACUGUCAUCAUCGUUGGGGGUCCUUCCGGUACUGGAAAAACCACCACAGCUGCGUUACUCGCAUCGCAUUUCGAUUGCCCGUACAUAGAGGGCGACGAGCUACAUCCUGAAGAAAACGUGGCGAAAAUGGCUAGAGGGGAGCCUCUCACAGAUGAUGAUAGAUGGGGUUGGUUGAAGAAGAUCAGUCGCGCCAGUGUGGGAAAAGCCGCAGAUCCAGCCAACAAGAGCGGAAUUUGCGUUGCUUCGUGCUCAAUGCUUAAGCGCGCUUACAGAGACUAUCUUCUAGCUAACGGAAAUGGUGCGGACUUCCGUUUUGUAUUUUUACAUGCCUCUUUCGAAAGCAUCAUCAAGCGAGUGGCCGCAAGACAAAACCACUUUCUCAAGCUGAACAUGGUCAAGUCGCAGUUUGAUAUCAUGGAUGUGCCAAAGUCAGAGGAAUUGAUCAGAAACGGUGGUAAGGCAAUUGCCGUGGACUGCGAGACCGGCACGCCCCAGCAGUUGGCAGAGCUAAUCGUGCAUCAAUUGGAUGUAUAAAGCCAUGCCGUCUGUCCAUAUUUCUCUUUGCGAAGAUUCUUCUAAUUGCAUGGUAGCCUUCCAAUGAAAAAAUCCCAAGCCCACAGUACGUACUUUUUUUGUAAAUCAUUGAUGUAUUUGUUUGAGUUACACUCUCUAAACUGGGACAGAGCUUAUUGGUGCGGGGGGCAGACGAGCCUAUCGUGUGUGCGAAACAGUGCCCUUCGUGAUGCCUCAUUGCCCGCC